UCAUGCUGGAUUGUUUUUUAGAUAGAAAUACUCUGUUCUGAUUGGUGCACUUCUGAAGACGGAUCAGUCAAAAUAGAAUAUUUCCAUCCAGCAAGCAAUCCAGCACAAAACAAGCAUCGUGUGCCGCUGGCUUAAGAAUGUGUUCCUACUUAGCGCGUCACGCGUCGCGUCGUCCGAGUUAAGCCAAUAAAAUCGUCCCAUUUUAUUGUGUAACUUUACGCCGAAUGUGUGAUCACCUGGGUGUCUGUUGUUAAAAGAAAUUCAAAAGAAAUUUUUGUUAUACGAUGGCUACAUCAAAAACCACGAAUACGUAUAAUAGACAAAAUUGGGAAGAUGCGGAAUUCCCAAUACUUUGUCAAACAUGCUUAGGUGAUAAUCCAUAUAUUCGCAUGAAUACUCUGGCUACAUAUAGACCCGAUCUACAAUAGAUGGAGUAAGUAGGAGUAGGAGAAAGAAAUAAGCAACAAAGGAGCGAUAUGGCAAGGAGUGCAAGAUAUGUAUGCGACCAUUCACUGUGUUUAGAUGGUGUCCAGGAGCAAGAAUGCGAUUUAAGAAGACCGAAGUCUGCCAGACUUGCAGUCGACUGAAGAACGUCUGUCAAACUUGCUUGCUAGAUUUGGAGUACGGCCUUCCUAUUCAGGUGCGCGACGCCGCGCUGAAAAUUAAAGACGACCUGCCACGAUCCGACGUGAACAAAGAAUACUAUGUGCAAAAUAUAGACAAUGAGAUCGGGAAAAUUGAUCCCACCACGCCAGCCGGCGCUGUUGGCAAAUCCGCCGCGGCUAGCGACCUGCUGAUGAAACUGGCUAGAACUAGUCCGUACUACAAGAGGAACAGGCCACACAUAUGCUCCUUCUGGGUGAAAGGUGAAUGCAAGAGAGGUGAGGAGUGUCCUUAUCGUCACGAGAAACCGACAGAUCCCGACGAUCCGUUAGCCGAUCAGAACAUAAAGGAUCGUUACUAUGGCGUGAACGACCCGGUGGCGGACAAGCUGAUGCGGCGAGCUGCGGCCAUGCCCAAGCUCGAUCCGCCUGAGGACAAAUCUAUCACGACUCUGUACAUCGGCAACCUGGGGGACGUGCUGACGGAGAAGCAACUACGCGACCACUUCUACCAGUACGGCGAGAUCCGUUCGGUGACGAUGGUACCGCGCCAACAAUGUGCCUUUAUCCAAUACACGCAAAGAAUUGCGGCCGAGGCAGCGGCCGAGAGGACGUUCAACAAGUUGAUACUGGGUGGCAGACGGCUCACUAUCAAAUGGGGUCGUUCCCAAGGCAGACAGACCGUGUCCGCCACGGAAGCAACGAGGGAGAUCUUGGAACCCGUGCCAGGCUUACCAGGAGCGCUACCACCGCCGCCCGAGGGCGUAGCCAACAAUUUUUUCAACCUGCAGACCACCACCGGCAUGAUGCCGCCGCCGAUGAUGAUCCCACCGCCACCCGUCGCUCCGCAGUUCAUGUUUCCGCCGCAAAUGGCGGCCGCAGCCGCUGCCGCUGCUACGCCGAUCUUCCCUCCAGGAACAACUCCCAUACACUAUCCCAGCCAGGAUCCAUCCAGGAUGGGCGCGUCGCAAGGCAUCGGCAAGCCCUGGCCGGAGGAGUAGUAGUGACUCUAGCUCAAGUUCUCACUGCUGUAACUGUAAUGGAAACCUGUUCAAGAAAAAUAUACACGAUAUAUAUAAAAGAAAAUGUUGUAAUAUC